CAUCUAAGGUAUUUAUAUUUCAYAUAAUAUAAAUGCUUAUUUAAGGAACAAUUAUCCAUUUUCCCAAAGCUACUAGUGAAAUAUUUUAAUAGUUGGAAGUAAUGUUUACUCAUUUCCGGUGCGAAGUACACCAGAAAUUCAGGUGUGACACAGGUGAAGCAACCGAAACCCGCACAUUGACGGGUUGUUUCGUGUCGUUCCUUGUAUUUAAUCUUAACUUUGACUUUAAGAUUAUUUUCAAUCCUGUCCACACUGGUUUUAGCGAAGUGAAAGUAAAUUGUGCCAUCGAGUUAAACAACCACCUGCAAUUUGGUAGUGUUCCAGAAAUGAGUCUUUGGUGUCUCAUCGUCUGCUUCUCUCUUACUUGCUGUCUGGUUUCUGGGCAAGAUACAACAUAUAAACUGGUUGGCGAUACAACAUAUAAACUGGUUGGCGAGAAAGUCGACUUCCCAGGCUUCAGCAACGAAGAAGCCCCUACUGACAUUCUGUGGAAGCGUAUAGAAAGACACAAUGUACACAAAGUGGUGCAUUUUGAUGGCAGCGAAGAAAAAUCCUUUGGGUCAUUUGAAGACCGGGUCACUCUUGACUGGUAUUCUGCAGAUCUGUCCAUCAGCAACCUGAGAUAUGAAGACAGCGGAUUUUAUGACCUGGAAAUAUUAACUAACAACCAACAUAAGACCAGAAGACAUGAACUGAUAGUCAUUGACAAAGUCACCAAGCCUACCAUAUCCUGUGAAAUAAACAAUCCAGGCACCUCUGAGUCAGCAGGGAAUGCRUCUCUGCUCUGCUCUUUACCAUCCCAUCARUCCUCACUGGAGUUUCAGUGGAGCACAAAUGGACAGAUUAAUCUUGGACACGUGUUGAAGAUUUCCCUUGGAGGGGAACUUGAUGAUCGUCAGUACAGCUGUACUGUAAAGAACCYACUCACUCAAGAAUCAGCAGUGUUCACUGCUAAGGACUGCUACCCUGUGCCAAAGGCUCAAGCCGGACUGAUUGCUGGWSUUGUUGCUCUUGCUGUUGUUCUACUGCUGAUUCUACUGGUGUUGCUCUUCUUUUACCUUAAAARAGUACGCCCAAAUCAUGAGAAGUCUGAUAUGGAAAGUCACUCGAAGCCUGGAUAUCCAAAAGCAGCAUCUGGAAGUGACGAAACCCGGGUUCUUCUGGACAGAGCACCUACAUUUCCCUCUAAACAUUCUCUUGGACACCUAAACCAAAGAAAUAACACCCUGUUGAAUCCUCYCCAUAAGGAUGAGGCUCAUAUGAACGAGCUGAGGGAAAGCAUUCGCCAACGUUCAUCCUCAGAACGGCGCAAGAUGUUUGAGAAGGAGAAUGGGAAAGCUAAUGAAGCUGAGCCCAGAGACAUUGUGGAGGAAGAAGUCUUGGAGAACAACCCUUCAGAUUCUGAUUCUAUGAAUCCUGAACUUUCAGCUUCGUCAUCUGAUAUACAAAAAGCGACUGAAAAUACAAACCCAGAAGUGAUCAAGAUGCAAGGUUUAGACGACCCUGCUGAUUCUGGGAAUCCAAAUGAGGAGUCAAAUGAUCAGAGUUUAAGUGAAAAACCUGAAGGCAGUGGAUUUUCAUCUCCUCCUGCGGUGUCACCCAAUCCUGAUCAUCCUUGUUCAGAUGAUGAAAGAGCAGGGGAUGAAGAGAAACUUCCAGACAUUUUGGAGAAUAAUUUUGUAGAUGCAGAUGAAACUACGGAUGCUUUACCUGAGAACAGUGAGGAUGAGGAUAACAAAGCUUCACAUCCUCCUGCAGUGCCUCCGAAAUCAAACAUUGUUCAGAAUUUCUUUGCACUAAAAAAAGUGCYUGAAAAUACAAAUCUGGAAGUUAACAAGAAUCAAGUUUUAGAUGACCCUGCUGAUUCUGGAAAUCCAAAUGAUCAGAAGAAUCCAUAUGGUUUGCCGGUUAAAGAACGGCGCUCGUUCUUUGAGAAGGAGGAUGGAAAAGCUAAUGAAGCUGAGCCCAGAGACAUUGUGGAGGAAGAAGUCUUGGAGAACAACCCUUCAGAUUCUGAUUCUAUGAAUCCUGAACUAACAGCUAUGUCAUCAGAAAAUAAUUCGGGGUCAAAGAAAGAGGAGAUUGAGUUUGAAAAAUCAACCCCUGAAAAUGAUGUUCAGCCACCGCCUGUUGCCAGGGAGAGUUCUCCUUUGAGCGAAAACUCUCCAGAGAGUUCACCAGAGGCUGAACGUAAACAAGACAUCAACUCAGAUGAGUGCGCAAAGGCAAGUAAUGGAGAAUCUUCAUCAUCCUCAGAAGAAUCAGAAAACGAGGAGCAAGCUCCACCCGCUUCCACUGCCAAAGAGACUGAUUCAGAAACGACAGUGGAUGAGCAAAAGCCUCUCUGAAACAGAAUCUGAAAUGGAGACCCUGCAAAAGUGACCAACACCACCCAAACUAAGACGGCACAUAUCCGUCUCCCCUUCCUCACAGAACAAACUCAAGACCAAGAAAUAGACACUAAGCAGCAAUGCAAAGACUUUUGGGAGUAGCCUGAUCUAGAAAAUACAGUCUCGGAGGAAGAAGAAAAGAGCAAGAUCAGACGUAGCGCUAUAAUCUGCUGAAGGCGAAGAUUAACCUACACAGACAAAAAUAUAAAAUAAGAGCUUCAGUGAGAAUAAAGAUGGGCUGUUGAAACUGUUGAAGCUCCACAUUAUCUGCUGCCUCUCAGGCAACAUGACAAAUGGACACAAUUCCAAGAGAAACCAACGAAUAAAGAAGACAGAUGGAAAGGAGUAAAGACCAAGAUAAAAAGUAACAAGGAGUUUUGUUCUGAGAUAGUCAAGUUGAAAUAUUAUGUGAUAAGCUGAAGAAAGAUGGGUGCUCUAUCUUUUUCUAAACAUGGACUCGCAUUGACAAGUAUCAACCACAAGCUACGCAGUAUGUUUUGAGGAAUUUUUAGUCAUGGAUCAAGACAAAGUGCACAAUUUCUUAAUCAGAAGGAAAACAAUACAAAGUCUUUUUUUUUUUUUUUCGAGAAUGAAAAAUUUAAUGUGCAGCGUGCAUACAACUUCAUCCCCCUGAUGAUAUAGUUUUAUAGAAUCAUCUUUUGCUUUGUGCAGCUGUACACUAAAAUGUUUCUCAUUCUGGUUUUCAAAAGCACAAGCUAAUUCAGUUUCAAUGGAGAGUAUUUAUGAAGAUACAUAUUUAAGUCUUCUUAAUAACAUUUAGGUUGAUUCCACUAUAACGUCCUGUUGGCAGAUGAACCUGCCCCAUUGUCCAGCCCUUCACGUCCUCUACCAGGUUUAUUUUCAUUUAUUUUCCCAAUAACUUGAGCAGCAUCUUGUCUUGUAAAAAGUUUCCACAAAAGCCUAUUCAGGGGGUAGUGUUUUUUGCUUUAAAAAUUCAAAUUGCAGCAUGCAAGUUAACAAUAGCUAAUGUAAAGUUAUUGAUUGUACACAUGAUAAUAUAAAAUUUAUGGUUGUAAAUGCUAUACUUCCUGUAGUUCUACACACACUUCAGGAAAUGUAUAUAUUUUUGUACAUUUAAAAUCUUUUCACUGAUGAUUACACUUUGUACUGUCUUUACAUCUGAAUCUUGAAUUACAAGGUUUACGCUUGUAUCUAGUUUAAUUUGUUUUUCAGACAUUCAGAAAACUAUAAACUUGAUAAUACCUUAUAAAGUGUUGUAUUUAUAAUACAAUGCAACAAUUAGGCAUAACAUCUAAAGUCUAGUAUGGACAUCUGGAUACGUCUGCUGAUUUGCUGCACUUCAACUUUGUUGAUUUGCUGACCAAAUAUCUCACCUGUAGGCGAGGAUGUUGUUCAUGUCACUUAUCCAUGGUCAUAAUCUUAUAAUUGUAUAAUAAUCUGAUUGAUGGAUGUCAAUUUAUAUAUUUUUAUAGCAACAAAACUGAAUUUGCACCACCUAGUUUUAUCAAUUUUCGUAUUGUUCAUAAUACAUUAUAUAAUAAUUCUAACAAAGGACUUCUGAGGUGUUGUUUUUUUGUUUGUUGUUUUUUUUACCUCUGAAUUAGAUUAUGGAAGUGUUUAUUAACUUUACAGGUACUUCUGUUCCUUCAGUUGUCUGUGACUGUAUUAGAAAGGUACUUUUGUUGUUAGGGUAAAGUUUAAUAAACUAGAGGUAAAUCUAAUUCUAACUUGUAAAAACACACAACCUUAAAUAAGUCUGUGGUAUAGUAAUAGCAAUUUCAGUUAUUACUGUUAAAUAGAAUAUGAUACAUUUUCAUAUAAAUCACUUUUUACUGAUAAAUACUUGCAUUUAGCAUUAGUUAAUUCUGAUCUGCGUAAUCAUUUUUGUGCUUUGCACCUGCCACAGCAAACCAUUUCCAUAUUUUGCCUUUAUGAUCACUAGAACUUGAUGCUUAUGUGAAUGCAAAGUGAUGUUGUUUCUGCUUCUAUUUGCUUCAUGUCUCAAGGGCAACUCAAGAUUUACUGGAAGGCGGCCAUAUUUUAACCUUUAUAAAGGUGAAUCUCAACAAACUCAAAUAUAAUUAAAAUGUUAAAUGAUUUAAUUAUUCAAUUUUACAGGUAGAAUUAGUUUAUUGUAUACAUCUAUUCCACAGUUUUGAUUAAUUAGGACGAUUAUGGCUUUAAAAUCCAGAUUUAGUUAGACAAGUUACAAUUCAAAGCCAAUAAAAUAUAAACAUUUUUCAAA